AUGGAAAACGGAAACAUAGUCAGCUGGCAGAAGAAAGAGGGAGAUCAACUAGGCGAAGGAGACCUACUAUGUGAAAUCGAAACCGACAAAGCUACCAUGGGAUUUGAGACACCGGAAGAGGGCUAUCUUGCUAAAAUUUGCAUUCCUGAAGGCACGAAGGGCGUUCCAAUUGGA